AUGAUUUCUUAACAAUUAAAAGUGGAUAUCUAUGAUAAUUCAAUUCCUAAAUAUAAAAUAUAAUUGACUAAUCGUCCUACUUAUGAAAAAUAAUCAAUAAAUCUAAGAAAAAAAAUGCAUAUUAGCAUACAAAAGGAUUCAAUUUAAAUCUAACAGUUAUAGAAAUAACAAAAUAAUUUAUGGAGAUUAAGGGUUUAGAAUACUUAAGAAUAUCAUAAUAAUUAAUCUAAUUUAAUAUAAAGAUCAAAUACAAUAAAAAUUGAGAAUUCUAAUUCAUUUAACAGUAAAAAAUGUGUCAAUCUCAUAUAUAAUAGUCCUUUAAAUGUAAUUAAGUAAAGGGGGAAAUCAAAUAAAAAUAAUGUAAAAUUUAUAUGAAAUAAUUAAAGGAAUUUAGAUAAAUACAUAGAUCUUUAGAUUGUAAUAAUAUGAUGGAAAUUUUAAAUGAGAAAAAUUAGAUAUACAAAAGAAGAACCCUAAGAUUAAGUUUGGUUUGA